GCCAGACUUAGCCGAAUCAGUCAGAUCAAUUCCUAGAUGGCGAUUAAUUCAGGCGUCUUUGCCUCAUGUCAUGCAUGCCGUGGAAGCAAUGCUUUUCAACAGAAUUAAAGAUGGGAAUAUUACGAGUUUGGGCCACGUUGAAACGAAACUGAUGUACACUUUGCACUGGUUAAUUUUGGAUGCUGCAGAAGAAUGUGCCGAUGCAGACUAUGAAAAAGGAAUAUUUCACUCAUCACCAUUUUAUUAUCUGUUUCCAAUUUCAACAAUAACGUUGUUUAUCUACUUAUUUGCGCCGAUAUGCCACAGUUUGAAAGAGUCCGACUUCAGUUCAAAUUUUCGAUUGGAAAAUGGCCUAAAAAUUUGGCAAGCCAUGUGGGAGUUCCGGCAUCCAGAUUCUCCAUGUUUCACCAAUCAUUGCAAACCUAAACCGAAGUACAUGUCUGGAAAAAACAAUAAAUUCAAACAACAAUUUGGAGACGUCUUUCUUGGACUAUUGAUUACCACUUAUGUAAAUGGAUCCAAACCUCAAUUGCAAAACUUAAAGUACCUAAACAAAAACCAAAAGUAA